AUGGUCUGCCCAUGUGUGUUUUACAUCAGAUCACAUUUAUGCUCAAAAAAAAUAAUAAAUUAUCCUUUAAAGGCUAAAAAAGAGGAAAAAUCUGCUGCACCGGCCGCUUCGAAAUCGAAACCAAGUGCUCCGGCCGCUGGAAAAGCAACGGAAAAGACGGGAGAAGCUGUCGAAGGUUCUUAUUUUACCAUUUUCUUGAAUUCUUCGGGAUUUUAUUCAUGAAUAGACGGUGUUACAAGGUUAUUUUGAAGCAUAAUAGGAAAAUUUUUCCGUUUUUUUUUUGCGAAAUGGGUAAAGUUUUUUUGAGGAGCUUAAAAAAGUUCUGCUGAAAAAAACUCAAAUAAAAUGGCCUGAAAAAGUCUUUUUAAGAACUUUUUUUGUAGAGUUUUUGAGACUUCUUUUUCAGCAUAUUUUCGAUGAUAGAAGUGAAAAAAAGAUGCAAAAAAAUAAAAUAAAAAGGUCGGUUUAGAACCCUUAGAAGAUUUUUUUAAGGAACCUUCAAAGGAGUUUUUCCGUCUUUAUCAAAAAAAUCUUUUUCAAAUCAAUAGAUCUGAAGCCUCUUUUUUUCAAUGGGAUUAAUACAUUUAACUUUUUUCAGAAUUCGAAGGAGGUGCCGCCACAAUGGAAGAGUUGAUGCGCACGCGGGCGCAUUUUCACAAGGUUUAAUUGAAAAUUGAUGAAAAAAUUCAAAUUUCCCAUCCUUUCAAUUUUUUCCUAGAAUAAUAUAAGUUCUGAAGGUCGGCGAGAACUUCAAGACGGACGGCUACGUGACGACGCCAAAAACGGAAGAACUUCUGAAGAAACACGUUCAGGCCGUCGGCGGCAAGGUUAUUUCAUUUUUGUAGAAAUCCAAAGAUAAAGUCUGACUCAUCUUGAAAUUUCCAAUAGAAGAUAUCUUUACCGUUUCCCACGUUUUAUUUAAUUCUUUUUAUUUAGGGAUAUUAUAAUGAGACUUUAUUGGCUGGAAAAAGUCGGUUUAUGAUAAUUAUUUUCAGUUAAACUUUAUUUUUUUUCAAGAUUGCGUAUAUUUUUCGUUUUGAACAAUUCGAAACUUAAAUAAUCAAACUUUAGAUUUAAAUUUUCAAUAUAGUUUCUGAGGUGGUAUGAAAAAAACGCUAGCGAAUUUUAGAACGGCGACUUUUCCGAUUUUUUCAUAUCGCUACGGAACUUUCCGACAAAUCCCUUUCUGACUUUUUUUGUCUUAUUUUUUUCGGUUCAUAAAAAAACUAUUGAUUUUUUUGAUGAAAGAAUGGAUGAUAAAAAAAGGAAGUAUUGGCCUUAAAAAUUAAGCAUAAAUAAUUAUAGAAACAUUAUAUAAAGAAAAUGUAAUGACCGCAUUUCAAAAAUGUCCCUACUUUGAAAUUAUUCAAUUUCGAAGGGGUUCUUGAUUUGAUAUCAUUAGGAAACAUUCAUAAGAACCAAUUUCUCUGACAGUGUUUUAUCGUAUCUAUGAGAAGGAAAUCCGUCAGUUGUCAUAUUGCUCAUGUUUCUAGGGAAAUUCAAACGGUUUCAAUGAUCAGAAAACUUUUAUUUGCAGGUUGUCACUCGGUUUCCUCCGGAGCCGAAUGGAGUUCUUCACAUUGGCCAUGCCAAGGCCAUCAAUAUCAAUUUUGGAUAUGCUAAAGUAGGUUUUUGGAGAAAUUUGAAAAAUAAAGAAGCCGGAAAAAAUUUUCUGAAAUUUCUUACCACUGGUUAGUUUUUCAUAAUUUCCCAACUCAAAUUUCGCUAAUAGGACACCAAGAAAUGUUUUUGCGAUUUCCGGCUUGGCUGAGAAACUCUUUAAAAGCUCAUGUUUUCCAAAAUAUGUCAUUCUUCAUGUAUUUAGGGUUUUUUUAUAAAAGCUUAUGUGUUAUUUCGAAAAAGGUAGAAAUGCGUGAAGUUUGAUUUUUAUUCAAAUUUCGAACUUUCAUGUUUAUUUCUUUGUUCGAUUUAUCAAUAACUUGAUCUCCACACUUUCCUGUUUCAAUUCGAGCUAUUCACAACUUUCGUUCCAAAGUUUCGUUUGUGAUUUCUUUUGAAGAAUCAGUCGAAAUUUUCUUCAUUUUCAUUUAAUUAAUAUUUUCCUUUGAAGGCUCAUGGCGGAAUGUGCAAUCUUCGUUUCGAUGAUACGAAUCCUGAAAAAGAAGAGGAGAAAUUCUUCACGGCUAUUGAAGAUAUUGUCCGGUGGCUCGGUUAGUAGAACAUUUUGAACUCGAAUUCAUUAAUUAUCGUGGAGUUGGAAUUGAUAAAAAAACUAAUUGAUCGCUUAAAAUGAAGAAAAACUAUAUAACUGAACAAUUAUCAUAGAAAGUAUAGUCGAUGUGCCACGACUUGAAAUUUCAUGGAACGACACUCCGUUGGGUGGCCGUGGCCGUGAAAGCGCCUUGCCUUUGCGAAUUUCGGUCGCGCUUUCCAUUUUUUUGUUUUAUUCGAAAUUUUCAUUAUUUUAAUUAUGUUUUAAUAGUUUUCUUCGCGCCAAAAUCAUAAUUAUCUUUUCUAGAGGAUAGACUGUUUCAUUGAUAAAAAUAAAGUAGAGUAAUUUUCGAAUUUUAAGCGAAAAAAUGCGUUUAUAAUAUUUGAAAGUUUUUCAUGAGAUGGUCUUUGGUUUUGUUCAAUAUAUUCCGUUAUUUUACCUUCAUUGAGCCUUUAUCGACAUUUCUUUUUUCAUUUCAAAUCAUGUAAAAAAUAUCCCAAUCAGAAAUAAAAUACACAGUGAAUGAUUUUAAAAAAAUUGAAUGUUUCUACAUUGACGAAUUUUUAUUUAAAAAAAAACAGAUACAUAAGUUCAAAGGAAAAAUUAUUAGUUUUCUGGACAUUUCGUUCAGCACAUCGUUUCGACUGUUCCAAGUGCCCACUGUUCACGCCCCAUUUCUGACGCACAGUUCCGCAAUACGAUUUAUCUAAAGCUCCAUUUUAAAAAAAGGAACGAAAACCUUUCUUCAAAUUAUGGUGCAUGUGCUCAUGGAAGUACACAUCUUCAUUUUAUAAGACACUCAAUUUCUGAAAAAACCAUUAACGACUGCAAACAGAAAAAAACGAUGAAAAACAUUAAAACAUGGCUUUAAAAAAACACAGAAACUAUUGUAGAAUAUUGUGGCGUUUCACCCGCAAAUCCUUUUGGUAAGUCUUUGAAAAACUUUUUUUGAGAAACGAGAAAAAAACAAUAUCAAAAGCGAUUGAAGAAUACAUGAAGUUUUUCAAACUUUUUUUUAAUCGCUUUUUUUCGAGAAACAUCAUGAAACUUACUGUGUUCUUUCUUUUACAUUUGUACAACGCAAUCCUUUUCAACGAUAAUAUUACAUUUCAAAGAAAUAAAACAAUAAAAAAAACGAUCGAAAUUAGAAUGAAAACCAAAAAAAAAAUUAGCGUGGCCGAAGUUGGCAAAUUCGCCAGAUGCGCGCUACCGCACAAAAUCGAAACAGCGGAGUGUCGUUCCAUGAAAUUUCAACUUGUGGCACAUCGACUAUAUUAGAUAGAGAUACAAAAGUCAGAUUUGAAACGGAGAUCACGUUUUUCAGGAUACGAACCAGCGGAAGUCACACAUUCUUCGGACAACUUCCAGCAGCUUUAUGAUGUUAGUGAUUAUUGAUUGUGUGCAGAAAAAUGAUUGAAAGAAAAAAAUGAUGAAAAAAGGGACUUCCGCUUUCAAUAAAUUUCCACAUCAGUACGAUUUUUCUUCUAAAUAGUUUUACCGUUGCCACAGUAGGAAUUAAGAAAAAUAUUCAGUUUUGGGAAACUAAUUCUCCGUGUUUUUUUGUGACAGAAAAAAAUCCAAGUUUUCAAGGAAAAGUUUUUUUGAAAAAAAUUUUUCAGCAGGUAAUUUCAAAGAGAAUCUGUGAAAAUGAAUAUUAAAAAGAAGCAUUUUUUUGAAAAAAAUUGACAUUUUUUUGGGAGGAAAGAUAGUUUUUUUUACAAGUUUCCUUUUUUUACAAAAAUUUUCCUCGCUAAAUUUAUGAAAUGAUCACUCGAGGAAAGUUUUUUUGAAAAAUUAACUCCAAAAAUUUCAGUGGGCCGUUGUUCUGAUAAAGAAAGGCUUGGCCUACGUUUGCCACCAGAAAGUCGAAGAAAUGCGAGGUUUCGAAGUCCAAUUGAGCCCCUGGAGGGACAGGCCGAUCGAGGAAUCUUUGCAGCUUUUUGAGGUGUCUUUUUGUCGGAUUACCAUCAAAAAUGGCGAGUUUAGGACAUGAAAAAUGGGAAAUUCGACGAAGGAGAAGCGACUCUCCGUCUGAAACUCACCCUUGAAGAGGGAAAGGUUUUUUUUUCCGAUUUCUGAAAAUUUCAAUUGAAUUUGAAACGUUUAUAGGUUGAUCCAGUCGCCUACCGGAUCAAAUUUGUUCCUCAUCACCGGAGUGGGGAUCAGUGGUUCGUUUUUAGAGGAAAAAAAAUCAAUAAAAAAUUUCAUUUUCGAUGAUUUUUUAAAGCAGUUAAGUGGUGUACGAAAUUUGGUUUAAAGCUUUGAAAUAUCCGAAAAUUUUUGUUAGAUUAUUUUUGACAAAGGUUGAGAAAAAAGAUUCCACCGAAAAUAUGUUCAAAUGUAUGUUUAUCAGAAAAAAAAUCAAUAAAAAUUUUUUUUUAAGAACUUAUGAAUUAGUUGGAGGAUUACUAGAAGUUUGUUAACUGUUCUAAUAGAUCCAAGAAUUUUCCGUAGAAAAAAAUAGUGUGAAAAAACAAAAUGAUACUACUAAAGGUGUACACAAGAUUUGAAAAAAAUUCAUAAAAAUAGUGAAGUGGUUGACUGAACCGAAAUCGUGAUGAAAAAGAAGAAAAAAAUACUAGAAAUUCCUUUGAGAAUAUUUUUCUUUUUUUCACAUUUAUUUCAGAAGGAAUAUAGAAAAUAUGCUGAAAAAAAUUGAAGGCGUCUAAGUUUUCGAUUUCGGAAAAAAAGGUAAAGAAAAAUUUUUAAAAGAAAGAUGCGAUUUACAGAAAUUUUUCCCUAAUACGAAAGAAUUUUUUUCUUUCAAUUUGACCAGCUCAUCAAAAUUUAUCAAAAAGUUGGAAAAAAAGUAAUUUUUUUAAAAAGCAUUUUUGAAGAACUUUUCUGAAAAACUUUUAAUUUACUGUUUCAAACCGAUUUCUUUUUCUCUUAAAUCACUGCGUAAUUAAUAAACUUUUUCGGAAAACAGUUUCCUUCGAAAACUUGCUUUUUCUUUUUGAAAACUGGAGGAAAUUCGGGUCUUCCAGGUGCGUGUACCCCACCUACGACUACACCCAUUGUCUUUGCGAUUCCAUCGAGAAUAUCACUCAUUCUCUCUGCACCAAGGAGUUCCAGUCCAGGUUCUUCUCUUUAUUUUUUAUGUUUUUAAGAAAUAAAAACAUCCUGCAGAGUAUUUGGCGAAUUUGAUCAUCGGAUAUCCCUCAAAAAAAGAACUAGAUAUUUUGAAAGCAAUAGUUGUGAUAGAAAAGGAGUCUUUCGGCCCAGAAAUUAGCUAUUUUUCAUGCAAAAAAUUCCCCUUCAACGGGGGAAUUAGUUGAAAAAUUGUCAUUCGGCUUUGUUCUAUUGUAAAAUAUAUUUUUUUGCUAUAAAAAUAUCUUUUUUGAACAUACUUGCAAGGAAAUUUAUGAAUACCAAUGAAAAAGGACAAUGGGAUAAGCUAUAAAAUAUGAAAUUGGAAUAGAGUAAAAAAAUUUUUAUUUUCAUAAAAUUUUUCGACGCCAAAAAAAGAUGUUCAGGAGUAAAAUCUAAAUAGGUUAGCUAUUUUGAAUGCCCUGUUCAAAAAUAAUUUCAAAAAAAUCCAAAAAUUUCUCUGAAUCUCCAAAAAUUCAGUUAUCUUUUUUUCUUUUCUCUGACGGCUUUAUCGAGAAGAAUCACUUUGAACGUGCCAUGAAAAUUUUAAACGCAUUCUCAUAAUUUUCCCCUUUUCAAGACGAAGCAGCUACUAUUGGCUGUGCAACGCUCUGGACAUUUACUGCCCGGUACAGUGGGAAUACGGUCGGCUCAACGUCAACUACACUGUAGUUUCGAAGAGGAAAAUCCUGAAGCUCAUCGAAACGAAAGUCGUCAAGUGAGGAUUGACUUCAUCUUUUUUAAAAUCUACGUAUCAUCAUUUUUUUAUCUUGUAAGAUUAAAAUAUCAACAUUUUCUUUACUUUAAGUUGUAAUACUUGCGAAAAAUUCUAAAUAACAGAUUCUUUUAAGUCGGCUGUACAAAAAUUAGGAAGUUUCAAUCUUUUUUUCAGCAAUUUUUUUGAAUUUUUGAAUCUUCAGAAUGUCUUCAUUUUUUACAGCACUAUUACUAUUCGAGAAUAAUGAUAAAAAAAUGGGUUUUUCAUGAAAUUUUGAUUGAAAUUUUUUUACGAGAAAACUUUCAUUGAACUUGAUUUUUUUCUAAUUUUGUUUUUUUUUACAAUUCUAAAAAUUAACAUAUUGAAAAAAAUUAAUUUUAGACUUUUUUUGUUACAACAAGCAUUUUAUCCGCAAUCGUAAUGAUUUUUUUCGGUUUUUACAGCAAUUUUAAAAAAAUUCGAAAAGCUUUUUCUUUUGAUAAUUUUUUUCAUUUUUUUCCAAGUGUCACAAGUUUUAAUUUAAUCUCAGCGACUGGGACGACCCGCGACUGUUCACGCUGACUGCCCUGCGACGACGCGGAAUCCCCUCGGAGGCGAUAAAUCGGUUCGUCGCCAAGUUGGGCCUGACGAUGUCGCAAAUGGUCAUCGAUCCUCAUGUCCUCGACGCGACUGUCCGCGAUUAUUUGAAUACUCAUGCGCCGAGGUAGGGAUCGGAAUCGAAUGCAAAUAAAAAACCCAAUAUUGUGGACUAUAUCGCACCGAGAGCUGCGAGCGAUAUAGCUUGUCUUGCGCUGCGAUCUCGCAAGUUUCUUGCGUUUUUAUCGCUCUCUAAAAUUCUCUAAUUUUUUCCUUUUAUAACAUGAGUCGAAAAAAAAAACUAAAAAAGGUCUUUUCAGAUUUCAAUUUUUUUUGAAAAAGCGAAAUGAUAGCGAGGCUUUGACGAGGUCGCAAGAAGAAGUUUCUCAAAAAAUUUUUAGAGGCCACUCUAGGGUUUUGACGUUUAGUGGCCACUUAAGGGGUUACAAAUCAGUGACCGCUAUAGAAGUCGAAGUGCUACUACUAGACCACUAAAAAUUUUAGUGGCCACUUUAGGGGUCAAUAGAUCAACAUAACUGGUCCAAUCUGUUUGUUUUAAAACUAUGAGAGUUACUGGAAGGAAUACUGGAUGAGAAACUACUGAAGUGGCCAUUAAAUAGAGAACCUCUAUAGUGGCCACUAAAACGGAAAAUAGUGGCCAUUAUGAGGGGGGUUUAGUGGCCACUUCAGGGUCCUCUCCAAGUAGUCCUUGGCGAGCCUUAUAGUGGCCACUAAAAGUUUUCGCAGUUAGGUUUUCUUAGAUUAUUAUAAAAUUGAAACUUGAUUCUGACGAGACAUACGAGUGAAAAAUUAAUAAAAAGGCAUAAAACCGAAAAAUUAAAAUUUUUUUCAUUGAUUUUUUUUUAGUUUGAAGUUUCUUAUUCUUUUUUUUUUGAAUUUGAAAGCAUCGGUCUAAAAAAAUUUUUUUCUUCUCGAUAAAAAAAUUAUUACUGAAAAAGCUUUUCUUUAUCUGAACGAAUAUCUCUUCAGAACGAUGGCCGUGCUGAACGGUUUGAAGUUGACGAUCGAGAACUUCGAAGAGCUGAACCUCCCUUCGGAACUCUCGGUUCCAGACUUCCCGUCGGAUCCGCAGACCAGCGGAACUCACAUCGUCGCCUUCGACAAGGAGAUCUUCAUCGAGAAGACCGACUAUCGAUCGGUAAAACUUCCUUCAAAAAAAUUUGAUUUCAAUGACGGCGAAAAUAGUAUUUACUUCAUCUUCAUUUUCACUUUUUUCUUGUUUUCUUCGUGCUUUUGCUUCGGAGUACUGACAGAAAAAGAAUUUAUUUUUAAGUUUUUGUGGCUUGAACCACGGGAAAAAAUUUUCAUGGUGAAGUAAUUUUAUUGAAAAGAUGGAGAAGUUUAAUUUUUAAUCUUCAGAAUUCCUGAUAAACUAUUUUUUAUUUUCUCUAUAUUUUCAGCUAAAAAAAAUAAAAAUCAUCAUUUUAGUAUUUUUUUCGAUUUUUUUAUUACUUUUUCAUAUCAAGAAAAAAAUGAUGAUGAACAAAAUCCAAUACAAAAAAAUGUAGAAAUUUAUAGUUCUGAUCGAAAUUUACGCGCGAAAAAAACUACUUAUCCAUUUUUCUUCGAUCACAAUAAUAUCCAUGAAAUCCGCAGGUGUUGUUGCAUAGUUCUAAUAACAAAUUAGGGGUUAUAAAUAAGCGGCGGCUCUUUUUUCUCGCAAUGAUUGCAAGGUUAGACAAAUCUGCUCGGCAAACAGUGACGGAUCGUUUUUUUUCGUGGGUAACCUAAUCCGACAGCGUUUGAUUCGAGUGUAAUUAUGCGCUUCGAGUAGUCUUCUGGUGAGCAAACCGAAAUGUGCCGUUCUGUUUGAUCACGUCGCACAACUACAGUUCUUUCGGGUCAUGAGAGCACUGUAGCACAAUGAAACAACAACAGUUCAUUUCAAAUUAGCCCUAGGCUCAAAAAUGUUCAAACUUAUUAUUUUUGACUGUAUGUACAAGUUAUUGGAUUGUGUCAAAGUGAGGAUGAUGACCUGAACGACAACCUGAAGAAAAAUUUAAAAAUUUUUUUCCGUUUUGCUCUAAAAAAAUCUACGGAAGAUGUUGUAUAUGGAUACUCGGUCUAAAAAUUUCUUUUUAAUCUCAAAGAAUAUUGAAACUAUUUCAAAAACUUCUUUAUUUGAAUCUGAUGUCCUAUGUACCCGAGAGUUGUAAAUAUUCAAAUAUUUUAAAGAAAUCAAAAAAAAAGGUCAAAAGUUUUUUGUCCUUUUUUCAAACUCUCAUUUUCCUCGUUCCCAAAAGUUUCAAAUUUAAACUAAGUUUGUACGAUUGUUACACGACUUACUUGGAAAUGCUGAAAAAGUCGCUCUGUUUCUAGUUUUUUUGGAGCUGGAGUUUCAAGAAAAAAAAAACUGGAAGACUUCUCAAAAAUUUUACAGAACGACAACGACAAAUCCUUCCGACGAUUGACCAAGUCGCAGCCGAUCGGCCUCAAACACAUUGGCCUCGUCCUCAGUUUCGUUCGGGAAGUGACGGUAGAACUGAUGAAUCGACUCAAGGCUACUUAAGAAGUUGCAGGACGCCUCAGGAAACGUGACGGAGUUGGUUGUUCGGGCCAAGAAAUUGACGGCCGAGGACAAGCCCAAGGCUUUCGUCCAUUGGGUCGCCAGGCCGGUGUCGGCCGAAGUUCGCCUCUACGAUAGAUUGUAGGUUUUUGAACGGUUUUCACCGAAUUUAUGAAUAAAAUAAAAAGGAUAGUUCUAAUGAUGGAGCGCACUUAAAAAAUUUUUAAUUGGGCAAAUUUCAAGUUUACGUUGUAAGAAGAUCAUCGCUCAAUGAAGUGAAAACGAACUUCUUCGUGUUUCAAUUUAUUCCAAGUCCGCAGUAGAUUGAAAUUCAACUGCAACGCGACCGCACCGCUUAAGCCAUUCCAAGUGCGACCACGACAUUUUCAAGCUGCAAAAAAGAGUAAAUUUCAUUAUUGGUAUUGCAUUUGGUUUGUGCCGCAGAUGAUCAAUUCUAACUUUUUUAAUUGGAAAGUUUAAUUUUUUAGCCUUAAGGCAUUUUAAAAACAAAAUCUCUUUACAUUCCUACAAAAUAAACAAAACAAAGAAAAAAGAUACAUAUCGAAAAGCUCAGUUUUUAGUCGGUAUGUUUUCCAGGAGCUCCCUGGAUGGUUAUAAUAUUGAUAUUGAUAGAUUUUCAAAUCCAGUCCCUGUUUUUUGUUACUCAUUUUUUCCACCGUCUGAGUGGCAACUUUUUCCCCGUCGAGAUCCGAAAGAACUAAUUCGGGACAAUUAUUGGCGACGGCGGCGGAUGAAACUAUGUCCGCACUUCCUUGUGGCUCGUCCCCUGUGGCCUCGCUUCUCUUUUCUGCCCAACUCAUCAUCCUUUUCGGUUGAAGACAACCAGAGUUACAUGCAUCAACCUAGAGACAUUUGUUUUUGGAUGGAAGAUGUGAAGAAGAUAGCAGAAGUAAAAUUAUUGGGAAGAUAUGAUCGAAGAUAUGCUGCCCCCGUAGCACAACAGGUGAUGGGCCUGUAUACGGUCCACAGGGUCACAAGUUCGAUCCCGGUCGGGACCAAACCAAGGUGUUCAAGAAGUUUUGGUAGUGGGGACACAAGGACCGAUUGGAGCCAGUACACGGAAAAUGGCUUUUCUCGGGCCUUUAAAGGCGCAAGACGUGUCUGAUAGAUCAUGAAUUUCAGAUGCAUGAGGUUUCUACCUUUUUUCUACACACUACGAAAAAAAAUCUUCUUUUCUAGAAAAUAAAAGUUAACUCCCGACAAUUUGACGCUUUUUAAAACCUCUCAAGCGAUUUUGAAUGCGCUGUGAUGAUCAUGCAAUUUUUAAAUCAUUUGGGAAAGUCCUAAAAUCUGAAGAAAUUCCAUCUAGAUUCCAUCAACCUGUCAUACAUUAAUUUGAUCGAGAAUUAUUUUAAAUCUGGAAAAAAGCCCCUUGAAAAUGAAUUUUGACCAAAGUUUGCUCUAAUUUUUGAUCAAAAAAAACUUGUUGACGAAUUUUCCCCAGAUAUACGAUAUUCAAUCUCAAAAAGUUUUUUUGAGAACAUUCUGUUUGUUGCGAUAGAGCGGAAAUUGCACAUGUUCUGGCUCUUUUCAAUUUUGGAACACAUUCUUUUCAUUCAUGGAAAUUUGAGUUUUGAUGCCAUUGUGCUGCAGAAUGGCCAUGAUUGGAUUCACAUCUCUUUCAUGCUGUUUUUUGCCCUUUUUGGGAUCACGGAAACAACUGCAACGAAAGAAAAAGGUUGAAUUUUCAGGUUCAAGCACAAGAAUCCGGAAGAUCCGGUGGCCGUACCUGGAGGCUUCUUGUCCGACAUCAAUGAGGUCCGUUUUGCUUUUUUUCAGCUUGGAAAAAAAAUUAUUUGGACAGGAGAUGAUCUAAGGUGCAGACUAAUUGAUGCAAAAAAAUUUGUUAGCUGUCAAGAUUCGUUUGUUCAGCAACAGAGCUUUUGCACGUUUUGUGAAAGAAUUUUCGCCUGUCUGAAUCUGUUUGUAUAGCUUCACUCAAAUUCUGUAGAAAGGACAUAGUUUGGACUUUUUACGAGAAAAAUAACUUUUUCUAAUGACAGAGAACAGAAUUUCGAAAAAAUAGCUUCUUUUCAAAAUGAGGUUACAGGUCGGAACGGUUGUUUAAUGUAAAAGGCAAAGACAAGAAAAAAAGAAAACUUGAAAUAUUAAAGUUAAUAGAGUUAAACAAAAGAAGAAGAAAUGUUUUGAAGUCAUGUUCAAUUUUUUUUCGGCGGGAUAAGCUCACUAAAGGCUUUCAAAAUCUCAUGUUUCCGUAAAAAGAACAUCGAGAUUGAAGCUAAACUCCUCCUCGAAGUUCCUUUGAUUUUUUUCAGUGAUUGAAAAGAAGAUCUUCACUAUUUGCGAUUGAAAAAAUACGGUUAUCAAUGUCAGAAAGAAUUUUCGAACACACUCACGCUUUUGGUUUUUGAAUAACUAAAUCCAGUAAGUAUGGAAACAGUUCCAAGAGCGUGAUAUGUAAUCGGGUGCCUUCAAAUGAUUUUCGUAUUUUUCAUUUCUUCAUUUCAAUUGCUGCUUUUGAAAGUUUUUUUCGUUAUAGGAAUUAUUUUUCACUUCUAGACGUUCUCGUUUUUUUUAGAAUAGAAACUACCUUAUAAUAACGUUUCCAACGAUGCACAAAGUUAUUACGGCAUAGUUUUUCGUGGGUCUAGUAGUUCAAAAAUAAAGGAAUUUUGUUUCUACACACAUUCUAACUGCUAAAAACUAGUGAAUUCUUGGAAAAUGGAAUUUCUGCCAGAAAUUGAAAAUUUUCAAUGAAAACUGUGUCUCCCACAAGAAAGGUCUUAUUAAUUUGAGGUUGAGAGCUCCCCAAAAAUAGUCUAUAACACAACUUGAUGUAUCAGAUAAGGAUUUUGAAAUUCUCAAUCUGCACAGUUUCUAGUUUCUUAGAAAGGACUGAGAACACUAAAACCCCGUAAAAAUGGCUAUUUUUGGCUUUGAACCUUUAAUUCUUGAUAACUAGGAGAUUUUGCAGGUUGAGACUUCCAGAAAUUUGUUUUGAUGAAUCAAGGAGUUUUCCGGCCAAUUUUCCGGAAAUUUCUCACAAAAAGGGACAUUACCUUCCUGAUAACCUCGAAAUGAGAAUACCACUUCAAGCUAAGACUUCAGAAACAGUGUUAAGUUUUCCUUUGAACGUUUUCUGAUCAAUGAAUUUUUCCUGCUCAUUGAAGUCCCCGUAAUUUUGCUUAAGGCGUUGAUUUAUCGACCUCCUUGUGUAGCUCGAAUAGUUGUUUGUUGGAGUCGUCUGGAGUCGGUAUCGGGAGACGUCCGCCGCCGUGGCGCCUCUCCCGAACUUUCUUCCGUGUUUUUUGUUGUUUUACUCGGCCUAUUAUCGUCAUCCUGUAGUGUCUGGUUUGCUUUGUUUCCGGCUUUGUCCCCCUCUCAUCGAGUCUACUUUAUGUUUGUCAGACAAUCGCUCGAUUGUUGAUCGCGACUAAUUCUCUUUUCAGUUUGAGGACAAGGUUCAGAAACGUGACUACUGAUUUUACUACGGAAAAGUUGAAUCGAGCUUUCUGUUUUGCAUCCCCUGCCUACAAUAGAUGUAUUAUCAAACACAGUAAAUAUAAAGAAAAAAAUUUUGUUCUAAUGAAACAGAGAGCAUGGCCCAUUUCGCGUCAGGUUGUCUCCUUUUCUUGCAAAGACCGUAUACCGAAUUCGACGAUAAUUGGACAACUUCGCUUCAAGACCUUUUUUGCUUUCUUCUUUGUAGUUUUGGUGCAAGAAAAGCUGUUUUACGGUAGAAAAUCGUGACCGUCUCGCACGAAACACUAUCUAACAUUUUAAAAAAGCUCGGAAAAAGAUGAACUGCGAAAAUUUUUAGUGGCCACUUUAGGGUUAUGACUUAUUAGUGACCAUUAUAAUAUAUGAAUUAGUGGCCGCUUAAGUCGCUAAAAUUAAGUUGCCUCUGUAUCAGUUUAAUUGGUGCUACAAGACCACUAAAAACCACUAUAGUGGACACUAAGGCGCAAAUAGUGGCUUCUAUCGAGGUGGUUUUAGUGGCCACUUUAAAGUGCGAAACCUCUUAAGCGGCCCCUAAAGUUUCUUGCAAAAAUUCGAUAUUUUUCAAUAAAAUGAUUUAUCCUUGAUAAAGCUGUGGAAAUGAGUAAGCCGCCGAAUCAGUUUUUCGAAAAAAAAGAGAAGACAUUUUGAGAGAAAUAAGUUAGAAAAAUUUGUUGAUAUCAGCGAAGCGUUUAUUUUCUCCACGUUUUAUUUUUUGAAAUAAAAUUGUCACUUUAUCAAAAUGAUAAGUUACUCUGGCGAAUUUGUACUUUCCGCCGAUUGGGAAAACAGUUCAUAGUGUAACUUAUUUUGUUCCAAAGUUCCACCACACAGUUUAAUGAAUCAAUGACCUUUGUCUAGACGGAAUUGUUUGUUAUGCAGCCCCAUCUCCACGAAACGAUUCCAAGAGUACAGCGUUUGAUCUUUCCCGGAUCCUUGGCCCUAAAUAUUUCGCGAUAAGAUAAGUUUCUCAGGAGAAUGUGACAGUUGUUUUCUGGUCGACGGCUUGUUGUUUUCAAGGCUUUUUUUUCUGGGAGCAGAUCAAGUGCACACAGUACACUUUUCCAUGUAGUCUGCUCCGGAAGACGCACUCCCAAGUGCAACUGUUUGUUUGGGCUGAUGGACUGAUUGAUGAGUUCGACUCUUCUUGUUUUCGACGUGGUGUCCGUAGUUUGGUGCACUGACUGAGGAGAAGCAUCUUUGAUCACUCGGAAAUUUAUUGAAGCCCAGAGAUUUUUAAAAAUUAAAAAAAGACCGAGUCGUGAGCAUGCAGUUUAAAAAGAACAGACAAAAAUGGCAUAGGCUAAAUAAGGUAUGCUCUGCCUCCAUUUUUGGAUCGCGAAGAUUUUUUUUUUCUAAAAUCACUCGAAUCCUGGUUUUUGUCUAAAAAUGGAGCCUCGAAUUUGCGAGAUUCCCAAGUUUUGAGGUGAUUUUUUUUCUCGAAAUAUUCCAACUACAAAUCGAUUCCCUUGAAGUAGAUCAACUAGUAAGAACUCUCCAAAAAAAAAAAGCUUGGAAACAAAUUUUUCAGUGAUCUUAUAACCCUUAACGUAUUGAGUCCCUCGUUUCAAAGAAAUUCUUCAGGAAUUUGUUAUUUUGGCCCCUUCAUUUUUUGAUGAUGCCGCCGCUUUGUGAACUUUUUUCUAUCAACGAAAAAAGGUGAGAAAUCGUCGUUGCUCUCCGGAAGUCUCGUGAUUCUUUGUCGGCGUCCUGCAGGAUGUUAUUCGACUGAUAGCGGAAACUAAUCUUUUUUUCCCCCGUCAUCAUAGCUAUGUUGUAAAACUAGCUUUUCCAGGAAUAGCUUUUGGAAAGCUGAACUUGCAAAAGCUCAACUAUAUAGUAGUGAGUUUGAAAAUAGUUUUGAAAUAAGUUACGGACAUCAAGUUGGUAAAAGUCAUUUUCUGAGAGUUCAGUUAGAAGGCUACAGUAACUCUUAUAAAUUCAUAUAUUCUUUUAGAUAACACUGAAAGAAAACUUGAGACGGACGUUAAACUGAAAAAGCGGUUGUCAGAAGGCGCCAGUAAAACUUGAAAAAAACAUUCUUGUAUUUUAUUAUUUUUUUUCUGCAAAAAAAAAAAUUUUUUCAAGGCUAUUUCCUGUUUAGAACUAUUUAGGAACGAAUUAGUGUGUUCCGAAAACUACAGAAGCGUUUUCAUAUUUUAUUAGACGCACUAUAUCAAACCAGCAGUAAUAAAAAAAUAUAACUAGUUUACCUUCAUUUUUCAUUUAUUUUAAAAAUCGAGAAUAUCUCCCCAACUUUACUUGAUGCAUUAAAAAGUGUGUAGUUUAGCUUCUCUCACCUAUUAUUGUCCAUAAAAAUGUCACAUCGAGCAGUAAAAGUCAAAUUUUUCACGAUUCACGAGGCUUCACAGCCUUUAUUUCUCGAAAAAUCUCAACACGUGGCCUAUAUUUUUCUUUUUACGAUUCUUUGUUUCUGAAUAGAACAAUGCAGUUCCGUGUGUGUGCAACGAGCCGAGAAUGACUGCAAAUAGAAGGACUUCAAAGCUGGAAAAUUGGAGCAGUUGAAAGAGAUUUUUUAUUAUUUUUUACGAGAUUAAUAGGUUAUGAGACAAAUGAGAACUCUGGAAUGAGCCGUUUAGAAGCUCUGAAAUGGCCCAGAGAGUCGAAAAGCUGAAAUUCGGAACUCAAGUAGCUAACGGGUAACUGCUUCAAAGGAAUAUGCUAAUCGUCGGUCGUUAAUUAGCGACCGGGUACUAUCUCUAUGGUAUCCAGGUGUACCGGGUAAGUACCUGACAUUUGCGAUUUCUACCGGCUUGUCUGGUAUUGCUUCCCGGGUAGUUAUUCUAUUUUUCAGAGUUAGCCAACAAGGUCUUGGAAGGCUUUGAAACGGCUUACAAAAAAAACUGGUGCGAAAUAAACGGCCGAGCCGGUAGCAAUCGCAAGUUUUUCUAUACAGUACUAUAGAGAUAGUACCCGGCAGCUAGUAAACGAACACCGAUUAGCAUAAUCCGAAGCAGCUAGACGGUAGUUACUUGUAUCCUUCACAACAGAAUUUCGUCCUAAACGGGGCUUUCUCUGAUGAUGGGUCAAAAUCUUUCACACAGAUAAAAUUUCAAAGUUUUCAAAAAUUGACCUGUAAGUUUUGCAGUACUGACGUCUUGAAAAUCUCUGAAACGUCCUUCUUCGAUAUCGAAGAAGUUUAACAAGUUUAUUUUUUCGAUAUCUUCAGUUAAAUCUUCAAAAAAAAAAUCAGUUUUCUGGACAAUUUUGAAAACCUCCCUGAAACGAUUUCCUUUGUAAGUAUAACACUGCUCUGUACUAGGACCUCCAGACGGGAAUGACCAAUUCCUACUGUUUUUUUUUUCUUUGUCUUCGGCCCUCACGCCAACAAGUUUUUCUUCCAUCUAUUCUGCUCCUCGCCAAUCUGCAAAAAAAAGAACUUUUGUGACUCAACCCGCCGUUCCAUUUGUCUUUUGGACGUUCAAACGGACUCGCCGAACACCCGUUUUGGCGCCACAUUUGAAUAUUUGGUUUCUCAGCCGUUUCGAAGGCCGUCAAAGAUGGAAGAUGUUGACUUUUGGGGAAGAUUCGGCUCUUUUUUUCCUCUGGAAAUGAUGAGGUCGUUGGUCGGAUUGUGGGAAUUUCUUCGGCACUUCUUCUGAUCAUCGUUUAGGCCGUCUUUUUAUGGCUUUUUAAUUGAAUGCAGAUUAUGAAUCAUACAUGGGAUGAGACGGAUUCGCUUGCGUCAAAUGUCAUCCCUCGGAGUUUUGCCAAGAUUUUCUCAACGGAAAAAAAAGAGGAAAGUCAUCUGAUAAAUGGCAUUAGUACUUUGCGAUUUUUUGAAAAUUGAAGGUCUUCGAAAAUGGAAUGAGAGGAACGUCCUAUAAAUGGUGUUAUUAUUCUAAGGUAGCUUCUCCUUCGGAUAAUUUUAGGCUACAAUCUUCUAAAAAAUAAGUUCCCUGAUUCUAUUUUUACAGACCCUGAACUAGUAUUCAAACAGAGAAGUUAUUUUACUUUAGGGUGCGAAUUUCCUGAAAAUUGGCCAUAAGUAACACAUUUUGAUAUAUCCAGAAAAGCUUCUGGAAGUUUCAACCUGCACAGUUUUCUGCUUUUUGAGAAAGGAACCACGAAGCCGGUGUAACUCUCGAAAUCCGUGAGUGUCCAAUUUAGAGCCAUCAUGUUUCAAAAACUACGAAGUUUUGCAUGGUGAAACGUUCAGAACCUUUUUUGGUACUGAUCUCUUUUAAGUAAAAUUUAUCCUUUUUCAAUGUUCUCUCAGAAAAGCCCUGUUUUUUCGCGUCUCUUGAGAGUUGCACCUGUUUCUUGCGACGAGAUUCUUUUUCAAGAACGCCGACAUUUUUUCCAUGUGUCUCGAAGGAAUCUGAAGCUCGCGCUUUCUUUUUCGAAGGGUCGUCAGCUUCUACUAUACGACGUGCAAUGAAGAAAGAAACUAAUAAAAUGGAAACCAAGUGAUCGUUCAAAUACUCGUUAUGUCUUCCGUUUGUACACCUUUCGCCUACAUCUGUGUGCCGUUCGAAGUGAAAAGAACGGGAGAAAAAGUCCCACAGAUGUCCGCGUUUUCGAGGAAUCAAGCAGUGGCCGAUUCUUGAUAAUUGAUCUCGAUGCAGGUGCUCGCAGUCGUUUUUUUCCCGGGUUAAGAUGUUCCGCCUGAGUUCCGGGAAGUGUGGCAGGUUGAAAACAUGUUGUUGGAACUUUUUGUAGGAGCAAAAAAGGUGGAGUGUAACGAUUGAAGUAUAUGAUGAAAUGAACGUGGAAUGAAUCCGUCAUGGAAUGAAUUACGACAUUUUUAAAUAAUCAAUCGCAGCUUUAAAGCACCCUAUGGACUUCACAAUAAUAUUAAAAAUAAAGAAGCCAUAUAAAAAAAGAGAUCUUUUUGUUGAUAGAAAUUUUUUUCAUUUUUUUCACUUCCCUGAAUACUUUGACUGAAUUCUACCAAGAAAAUUCCCUUUUAUUUUUUUGAUUCAACUCCUGAAAGUAAGAACCUUCUACUCCCCCGGAAAUCUGCGACAUGGCUGGAAUUGUGAUCGUCCUUUAAAUUUUUUUCCGAUUUUAAUGACGAUUUACGAGGGAAAAGCUGCACUAAAAAGUUUGAUCGCGUGAACAUUUGGUUCCUCGUUUUUGAAUUUUAUCGAAAUUUUUUUAUUGAUAGUCGUUAAUGCAUCUUUCCGGGAUGUGGGAAAGGCGGAAGAAAAAAAUGCGAGAAAGUAGGAGAUUCGAAUUUUAUCGAUUACGAUGUGAAUCGAACUUUUGGUUUCGAGUUUUUGAGUUUUUUCCACAGACAAGAAUGAUAAACUAUAAAAAGAACAUAAUAUCAGAAUAAUUUGAAGCAAAACCUUUUUGAACUUUCAAAUCUGUUCAAAACUUUUUCAAAUUCUGAAUUUUUGAACUCAAGUUGAGUCUUCAAAAUUGGUUGACCUGAAUCUUCGGAAAGAACUUCAUAUGAAGCUGGAAAAAAAUUUCAUAGUUUGAUCGAAAAUUUUUGCUGGCGUGUCGUAUAAAGAAGCACAAACUGUAUAAUGGUCUAAAGGAGAUCAGAUAUUCUCUUUUUUUCUGUAGAUUUUCUGCGUCUUCGGAUUCAAGAAUUUUUGAAAAGACAAAAAUGAAAUUUUUUCCUGUUAGAUUUUCUAGAAGCCUGAGAUUUUCAACCCCUUCGCUUUCUGGCCUCACAGCCUCCAGACAAACUCUUUUUCGAAACUUUUCGAAACCUUUGUCCACACGUGGCCAGCCUGUCUAGACUUCUUUCUUCUGCGCGAGCCCGCGAAAAGAUCGAAAGAUCGAAAUUUUGCGGCCGCGACCAGACAGAUCACAAAAAAGUGACGUGUGGUGGCUGAGGAAACCUUUUUCUGCCAACCUUUGAAAGUUUCGAACGGCGUCGGCGAAGGAUGACAUUACUCUCUUUGAUGAAUUCGAAAAGGAUUACUGUAGUUUUUGAGAGGAUGGACCAAUCCAGAUGUAAGAAAAUUGUAAAAUUGGACGGAGUUUUGAUGAAACUUUAAAUUUUAAAUAGGUUUAACUUUUUAUUUGGAAGGUCUAAAUAGAUUUGUUUUACAGAUUACUCAGAACUCAAAAAUCUCAAAAUACAUUUUAUAAUGUAGAAUGGGAAUUUUUUCAUUUUCUACAUCAGUAAAAUAAUUUUUUGAAGCCUCGCAAUCGGAAGUUCUUGGCUUGAGAUGGUUUCAUCUCGCAGAGAAAUAUUCUCGAGUUGGUAAAAAAUAUCUCAGUUAUGGAGCUGAGCUGAUAAGAUCUAGUAAAUGUCAAAAACAUUUUUCAAAGUCUCCAAUACAAUCUCUCUCUUCAUCAUACUUCUCAUAUCACUUCAAUCCCUACCUUGCAGAUCAAACUCUGCAAACAAAGGCAAGAUCUGUUCUUCCUCACUUCUCCCCUAGCCAAAUGACGCCAGACUUUCGAAACUUUCCGACCGAACGGCCAACGGAAGAAACAAAGAGACACAUUUUUUGAACGUCGUCGGCCGUCUGUGUUGUGCACGACGCGCACCGGCUGCACUUUCAAAAGUGCAUCUCGGCUCGUUUGGUUUGAUUGGAGCGAUUUCGGCUGAGCGAACAACUGAUCGGUUCCGAAACCCAUCAGACAAUGUCGUUAAAACCGUCUGGGUGGCUUCUGAAGACGUUGCGAUUGACCUUUAACGGUAGUUUGACUUUCUGCGGGUUCCGAAAUUACCCUAAAGUUGUUGGCGCCAUUUUUGGUUCUGAAGCCAGAAUGUAUUGAGAUUUUCCUCGAUUAGAUGUUUUUCUGGAUAAUCAGAAGCGGCUGUUUCUCAAUUCUUCAAUACUACAAAGUUCAAUCGAAAUCAAACAGUUCAAUCUUCUUUUCUUGUCGGAUCUGAGCUGUAGGGGAAAAGCUGUAAAAAAGCUUUCAAACGCCUAAAGUCUUGAACCCCCUCCCCCCUCCAAAAACUUUCUUUUCAUAAAAAAGCUUUAGAGCCCUAAUUUUGAAAUUUAAAGCUUCCCAGAAGUUCCCUUGAAGUCUGUUUCAGCUGGGAAAGCAGAGCAAAACUUAACUAGAAUCAAAAAUGAUCAAAGCAACUUCUACAAUAUAGCGAAAAGUCUGAUGGUUUUAAUAACUUCAAAUUUCAAUUUUCGACCUUGAAAGGUCCCCAAAAAGUGCUUCCUCCUCGGAUCCACCGUAGUCGAGCACAUCCGCGAAAAAGAAUUAGAAAGGCUGUCGGGAAGAAGUGGCACCAGUUGAGAUGUGGGCGCCAUAAAACUGGCUUGUAAAUCACACCGGCUCUCGAGAUUUUGGCUCGGCCGGUGAAGCUGUAAAUAUGUGGAAGACACGUGUUUCGAUCACAAAGACAGAGGUGGAUGGAAACACGGACCAUAAAUUCCGGCCAAUUGGCUCUUUCUCGCGAAACGCCCGCGGCUUUUCCGUCGCCAAUACAACGACCCUUGUUGCACUCGCGGAAGAAUUAUCACAUUAUCACACCUGGAAACGACGUUUCCGUGUCGUGGUGUUGGCUCAUCCAAACGGGUUGAUCAAAAAUCGGAGAAGGCUGCAUUUUGGCUGGAAGUUGGGAUUCAAAAGGCUUCUGAGCCUUGGGUUGAACUGGUUUUCGAAUCAGUUACUGAUUACACUUGUAUUCAUUCUUCAGAGAAGAUUCUCUGCUGAAUAAUGAAGUAAUUGACGAGUUUUUCUUCGGAUCUCGAGACUGUCGUUGAUCAUGAACGGCGCGUAGAUCAUCAUGUCCUUUUGGGAUAGUAUUAGUCGAUUUUUGAGAGUUCCGACGAUACCUUUUCAAUUCUUUUGCAACUUUGAGUGGCAUCAGAAACAGUAAAUUUCUUUUUUGUCUGACUUUGGUUCUUGAAAAUGAAUGCGAAUCGUUUUUCAAUUUCAGUUCGUUAACAGAAAAGGAGGCCAGAUAAUCAUCAAGACAAACCGAUAUUUUUUGGUUUGGAACUUUUCUGAAAAGGCUCUGUAUAACCAAAACGGAAAAAUAUUUUUGGUUUCCUUUGAAUUUCGAAAGAAAUUAAAUAUUCAACAAAUACGAUUUUGCCUUUUCAACUUUGGAUUUUGAAUCUGACCUCUUUUAAAAGUUUUUCAAGCGAGUUGAAUAUUUUUUUCCCAUAAAAAGAAAAAGUUCUUCAUGUGAAUUUUUGAGAGACCCACCCAAGACAUGGUGUGUGGAUUACUUCCACAAUUAUGAGAGAAUAUUAAAUUUAAAACAAAAGAAAUCAAAAAGAAAUGUUUCAGAACACACUGACGGUGCUGUACAACGUGCUGAUCGACAAAUCGAUCGGAAAUUCUAAAGUCUACGAUCGAUUCCAAUUUGAAAGAAUCGGUUAUUUCUGUGUGGAUCGCGACUCGAUUGCUGGAAAGGUCCGUUUUUACCUUCUUUUUUUCUUCUUUCUUCUUUUUCCUUCAACAGGAUAAGGACCACUAGAUUGGCUCAAGAGAGGAAAAAAACUUGGUUCUUUGAAGUUUAGAAUUAGCGGAAAAGAUCCCCGCACUUUGCAGCCUCUUUUUUCAUUAUUUAUUCAUCUUUUUCUUUGUUUGGACUCGGGCGCCGUUCCAAAAAUGGAAAAAAAUGGCUGUUCCAUUUGCAUUUUUUGGAAGUGGAAAAAAGGACGAGCCCUUUUUGGGAAUAUUAAUGGUACUGAAGAAUGGAUUAUUAGGAUUGUUUCGUGGCUUUGAAAGUGCAUAGAUCGAGUUGAAGUUGGAAUGGGUAUUUUCUGAGAUACUUUGGGAACGAAUCUUUUGAAAGCGUAUGGUAGGACUUGGAACGCUUUAGAGGUGCGAGAAAUAUUUCUAAACGCCACGGCUGCCUUGCGCCUGACCCAAAACGGCUUGCGCGAGUUUGAGAACUUUUGGUUGAGCUGUUGACAACCGCAACGCGACCGCGGCGCGUUGAGCCAUUCCACGUGCGACCACGCUCUAAUGAUGAGAUGAAUAAACCCUCAAAAAAUUUUUUUCCGAAAAAAUUGGUUUUUGAUGAAGUACCUUAAAAAUCAUCUCAAGAUCAAAAGAGUUAUUUUGAACUAAAGAAUUUUCAAAAUUUCAGGUCUAUCUUGAAAAUUAGUUACAGAAAACAACUAUUUUUUCAUUAUUUAUGCCAUUCAACCGAAAAAGCACUUGAUGCAUUAAAAACCAGUACUCCGAACGUUUAUUAUUGCUUCUAUAAGACGGAGGCAAUUGAAUCAACCCUUUUCUACUCAGAGAUCUAUGAAAGUCGCUUUUAUUUACUUUCUUGGUGGACUUUGCUCGGUUGGAAAGGGCAUCAUUUAGAUCAAAUCGUGGGUUCUUUAAAAAUUAGCAUAUUUAGAAAAAGCUUGUAAUGAGUGAGAAAAAAAAAGAUAAAACUUAAUUGGAGUUUAUGGGAAAAAAAGCGAGUCAAAAUCCUUAAAUCAAGCUGAAAUAAAGCUUUUAAAGAGUGUAACAGGAAUCUUCGCAUUUUCUACUUCUGAGACGUUUCAAAUCGCUCAGAAAUCCUUCCCCGAUGGCCGAUGACCACUAUAAAGUUGUUAUCUCGGACCACAUAUGGUAAAAUAUGGAGUGGGAAUAAACCAAUGGACGCAUUUGAAGGGAGAACGUUUAUUCUCGCGCAAUAUGCGAUCCACUUAAUGGCUAUUAAAACAACUCGAGGUCAGACCGAGUCUUCUGAUAAGGAAGAAGAGAGGAUUUGAUUUACUUAGGUUGUGUUCUGGAGAAUGAGAAUUUUUAGAGUUAAGUGACUUUUUUUGAGAAAAAAAAAAGGGUUUAAAACACAGUUUAGUGGAACUUUAACGAUGGAAAAAGUACAAACAAGCUGUGAAAAAAAUCUCUUUCAAAGAGAAGCUUAAAAAUGGCAUUUUAGCUCCAUGGAUAAAAAUUUUGAACGAUAAGGAAGAAAAAAUAUAAACCGGUUGGAAUUUCUUUUUUCUUUAUUUUCAAGUUAUUGAUAAUGAAAGAAAAAGAGCAGUUUUUUUUUUGAAAUUUUUGAUAGAAGUCUUAAAUGGAGUUCUAACAUAAAAAGUUUUGCGUCGAAAGCUUUUUUUUACCUUUAUACUUUUUUUAGCUCUUCUCCGAGAGUCUCAAGGUUUUCGUUCCCUCAAAAAUUCCGAGCUUUUUUUUGAGCCCCAUUCUCACUGACCAAACUACACUCGAUUUCCGGUGUAUUUUCGAUUAUGUCUCGCACGUGGGUAAUUACAUAUGGGAAUGCUGAAUCGGAUUUAUCGUCGCCGACCGUUUGGCGGCAAAUCCCUAUCAUGACGGCGGGUGGUUUCGGAUUAGGGCGCACUUCACAGGUGGCUCUUUUUGUCGGCGACGGUUUUGCGCGCGAAAAUCCGACGAUCGGAGUUGAUUGGCCCUUUCUCGAGUUCCAUGCAUAAUAAUUACUGCUCAAGUGACUCUUGGAAUGGACUUUUGGAGGGUUUUUGGAGAGGUUGUGCGAGAGUUACGGUAGCAUUUCUUUUCUGAAGUCAUUUCUGAAAAUUUUUGUGGUAAAUUUUAAUUGAAGAUAAAGCACAACAACUCACUUGAUAAACCCUUAUUUAAGGUUCAGUUCACUAGUUUCCGUAUGAGAAAAAUUUUUCUCCUUCUCAACAUUUUUUAUUCUUACGUAGAUUAGGUGUACUGUAGGCGUCAUGGAUCUCGGAAUCCGCUGGAAUAAUCUUUUCUUAUAUGAUUCCAAGAAAUUGGCCGCAACUAGAGAACGAACUACUUCAAGAGAAUCAGAAACGGCAAAAAAAUAUGGUUAAGUUAAACUUUUACCUGAAGCUUCAGUUAUUUUUUUAGUAGAUAAUCUCUAUUGGAGAACAGAAUUUUCAAAGCAAAUUGGGUGUACUGUAACUCUUACUUUACUUUCAGGGUUUUUAUUCCCAAGUCGACCCCCCAUAUUAGUUUUUCUAUCGAAGAAAAACUUGUCGGCAAGAAAACUCCAGAAGGUGUCCUUUUUGGCGCGCCAGUCUGCUUUAUUACCAUGUUUGGGCCUGGGCCUGAUGCGAGGCGACAGUUUUUGCACCCGAGUAAUGAAGAGAGGUUAGAUGUGCGCCAAAAUGAGUCGUUUUUGCUUUGCCAACGGAUGUUUUGAAGGACAAAACGCGUACGUUCGCGCCCGUUUUUUCUUGUUUUUCUUUUCCUUCGGCUGUCUUUUCAAAAACUCAUGUCCUUUGGCGCGCCGUUUUUUCGCGCGCACGUCUUCGCCGAUGGCACGUGUUGGCACAAAGGAAAUGCCCGAAUUUAUGCCUUUUUGUUUUUGAUUUUUUUUGAGAGUGAAGUUUCCGACGAAGGCGAAUUAAUGGGUGGCGGAUGUCUGCUGGAGAUUGCUCUGACGGUUGAAUAAUAUUUUCGCUUCAUCGAAAGUGUACUGUAGGUCUUCUUCGUGCACCUGGAGUGAACUUCAGAGUUCAGAAGAGCAUUUGCAAUUGACAUGCUGCGGAAGAAAUAAAUUUUUUCAGAAAUUGGCUAACGAACUGCGACGCUUCUAGAUUCACGAGGAGGGAAAGGAAAAAUCCUUUUUGGAUUAGGGUACUGUAUGGCUUCUUGGUGUCUUUUAAAGCGUAUUUCAGAAGGAGACGGUAUGAGCUACUUUUUUAUGGAAAAGAAUCUAAAAGCUACCUUUAUUUCUUUUUCUUGAGAAAUAAGUUAUGGAGCUCACAAAAUUUUCCCUUGGUGAGCGUGAAAAUUUUUCUACAUCACCAAUCAGUUCCGAGAGGGAUCAAAAAUCUUUUACUAAUGUAUAUAUCUGGCGAAACAUGUACAAGUUUGAAAGCUUAGCCUUUUUCUUACUGAGCCUAAAAUAUGAUUUUUUCCCCUGAUCAUUUUUUGGGCGAUUCUAGAUGGCAGGUCUGAUUUUCCAAUCCUGCAGGUUUCAAAUUUUUCAAUUAAAUGUGCUGCUCCUAGUGACCAAUGUACAUUUGGCGCGUGCCCCUGUUUACUUGAGAUUAUUUCCGUUUUUGGCCGGCCGGCGCAUGUGGCCUCAAGCCGUUUUCUGUUGUGUUGCCUUGUUAUUUUUUUCCAGCCAACUGAGAGAAAACUGAACGGAAAAGGCCGUUGGCAUCCCUGCAGAGAAGAAGGAAAAACUCUUUGAAAGUUGUUGACGUUCCCUUGUGUGAGAAAAGAAUGUGUUUUGCUCUGUUUGCAAACAUUUUCGCGGCUUUUUCCUUGUCGGAUUAGGAUUUUUGCUUCGAAAGAGAUUGGAACCAGAAGAUCAGAACAAGGGCUUUAGAAAGUGGAGAAGGCGUUUGAUAGCUAUUGAAUAGAAGUGUAGGAGCUUGUCCGUGAAUAGACAGCUUUCAAGCUUGAUUAUCUCCAGGAAUCAGCAAAAAAAUUUUUUUUCGAAAUCUCCUUGAAGUUUUCUUUCGGUUCUAAGAGAAGCAUAGCGAAUUUCAAAUAAAAAAAAGUUGAGAAGCCGAUUUCAGUUAUAUUUUUGAUGCUAAGGCUUCUGCGCACAGCAUCUUCAUUUUUUAACUUCUUUUUUGAUUUCAAGGAAAGAAACUAUUCAGUAAAAGUUGAAACCAAAACCGGCUCCCCUGUAACGCCUCGGGUUUAGAGGAUCCUCAUCUUCAACCAUAUUUCACAUGGGCCAAUUUCCAGAAGAAUCCUAAAUGUCCUCCCGUAUUAUUUAUUACCAUUUGCUAUAUAUCCAAAGCCAAUUUCGAUUCGAAAUAGUACAUGUGGACGCCCUUUCUCGGCUGAGACAAUGGACUGAAUGGGAUUUAUUGUUUGGAAGGCUGGAAGCUGUGCUGAAGGAGAGUUUUACGAAGAAAAAUAGGAUACUGAUUCAGUUUGAGCUGUUGGUGGUCAGUACUUCUUCGUAGGGGAGAAGAAGGUUUGAAAAUUAGGACUUACUGGGAGUGGAAUUUCUGGAGAAAGAAAGUUGAAAUUGAAAACUACAGAAUCUGAUUAUGAACACGUUUUCAAAAAAUGAUCUUUCCGACAGCUUAAUAUACUCAAUACUUCCUGUAUUGGGAAGUCUUGAAUGGACGCACGGAGAAUGGUUCAAGGCGUCGCGGUCGGAAUGAAAUAUAAAGUUGCCUUGUAGCUCAGAAGAUUUUUUGAUGCUUGUUAUGAGUUGGACAGCCUCCUCUAGCUAUUCUGACCAUGAUCUCAAUCAAAAUAAGUCAACAUUUCUGACCUUCGAGGGCCCAUAAUUUUUUCCACAGGCUUCCGCGGCAGUUUUUGAGACCAGACUUCAAACCAACGUCAAAAACUACACCUAGUGAACUUGGUCUCAUUCAGAAGUCCUACUGCAAGUAGAUACCGUUUUCUGGAAAGUGAAAAAUAACUUCCACGCUUUAUCAUAUAGUCUCUUGGAAGAGAUUUGCUCCCUUUUUGCAUAUACCUGAAGCCAUUCGGAUAAUGGAGCUCAGCGAAACAGUCACGUACUGUCGCCAUGUUUGCUCAUGCUCAUUUGGCUCGAUUCCCGACCAAUUGUCGGUCUUCUUUCCUUUUUCGGUUGGCCGAUGGACGGAAGCUUGUUGAAAUACUGUGUGCAAAUAUUUGGAGCAUGUUAUUGUCGAUGAACAAGGCAUAUGAUGUUGAUGAUCAUCAUCCGGAGAGCCGCUUCGAUCUUUGUCGCUGUCACACGCGACCAAUUGUUUGUUCAAAUACAUUAUGAGCAAAUUUUCUCCUUUUUUUCGACGGUUUGAGUGGGCGACGUGAGCAUUUAUGAGUUGCUUUUAGCUCAGGGUAAACAGUGAUUUGGAUGUGAUUUGUGGUCGCACUUUCAAGAGAGAAAAUCUCGAGGAUUUUAUGAACUUUAAGGCUUUUGGCGUGAAUUAUCUUAUAACUGGAGGUUCACUUCGAAAAUUUUAAAACAUAUUGAAAACUAAAAAAACAAAAUGAUAGAAUAAUAAAUUAACCAUCAUAGUUUUUCCAAAUUUAAUAAAAAAAAAAAGUAGCUGUGGUUCAAAAAUUAGAGAGGAAAUAUAAUUUAAGUUUGAAGUUUUCGAACUUCUCGAAACUAACAAAUAAGUUAUAAAAAUGGAGUAGUGAAUGUGUUACUCAAUUUUUUUCAUCUCAUCGUACCUUUUUCGAUUAUUUUUUUCUGAAAGAGUUAGCCAAUAGCCAUAAGACGCAUAGUUUAAAAAUCAGUUAUCCAAUUAUUCACGGUCCCUUUUAAACUUUUUUUUGAAUUUAUGCGCCAAUAAGCUUAUAACUUUUUUUUUGAAGUUCAACUCGAUCUUUUGACCCCUUUUCUCCAUUUAUUUUGUUCUGCUUUCAAAUUGAACACUCCAGACUUUUCGCAGCUGCAAAGCACCUGAUCAUUUCGACCUUUCGGUGCAGUUUUUCUUACUCGAAUGUCCACAGUGCGAAUCGAAAAAUAUUUAAGAGAAAGGAACGGCUGCGAUGCAUCUGACCGUUCUUUAUGUGUGUUUUUCCCAGGGAAGACGAGAAGCUAACUCGAUCAGAAAUCCCAUCAGAUCGUCUGGAAAACGGAAAAAAGGACAAAGAAAGUGGCGAUUUUUGCUCGCUCAUAGUUUAACUGAACAUGUUUACACACGGUAGUGGUGAGGAUGUCUGCUCGGUUUUUAUGUGAAAACAUCGACUUUGAUUGGCUGGGAAAAAUAGCCGCAAGGUAAUGGUCACAAAAAAAGUGGCUAGGAAGAAAGAGCCGUAAAAAAUUGUGACUUGGGAGCUUGUUAGCUCCAUGGAUAAAUAUUCGAUUUCAAACAGGAAAGUAGCGAAGAAGCUAAAUUUUGAGCACAAUGUGAGAUAUUCCGAUUUUCAAACUUUUGAACAUCAUAAAGAAUGACGGUCGAACUAUUUUGAGCACUUUAAGAACCACUAGGGGAAUUUGAGAGCCUCUAUACGUUCACUUAAAAAGGCAAAAUCGUUCUGUCUCUUGAUAGUCGCUUUUUGGAUCACUGUGAAUUCCAUAAUUUGCAAAAAAGUUUUAUUUUAUAUUUUUUAUACCUUUCAAAUUGAAACCGAAAUUGGUGAAUUAGUUUUGGCUCCCCUAUAUGAAUCAGAGUUUUUAAACAAUAUUAGAUCCAAUAAUUUUCUGUUUGCUAGCUUCAGAAUUACCUUUUUUCACAAAGCAAAAAACCAAAAAGUGAAAAUUUGUAGGUUAUUACGAUGUUUCAAACUUUCUAUCUAAGUUUUCUUUUCGUCCUUUUUAAAGUUACGGGUGUUUAGUACAUGAAAUUUUUAUUAAAUUAGUGAAAAACUGAAGGGAUCUGUAACCAUUCAAAAAGUUUACUAUUAUUUAUUUUUGAACGGUCAAUCUUUCUUCCUCCCGAAAGAACAACAAAAUCUUGAUGUAGUCGCUCAGGAAGUGGUACUGAACAUGCAUUACUAACAUUUGUGUUGCGAGUUUUCUGCCCAUCAAAUUAGUUAUUCCCGAUGUUUCUUCGUUUUUUAUGAGCUCAGGCUCAACAAGAACGCCUUAUCCUGGAAACAAAGAACGCUCAUUUGCACUUUGUCUAGGGUCAAGAAAAAGGGGAGUUCGUAGGUUGAUCAUCCUUUUGGAGCACUGAAAUUCAAGGAUAUGUUUAAGAGUAGUUUUUUUUCUUUCUGUUCAAAAAUAAAAUACACACGAAUUCUCCACCUGUGAUCUCAAUUUCUAUGGACCAUUUACCUUGAUCAAAAUUCGACGGAAUUUUAAUGAGGACCCUUUGUGCAAUAAAAUACUUCAUGACGCCUUUUUUUAAACAAUCUUGAGAGAAAGAAAAGAACUUGCGGAAAAUUGAAACUCAUGUGUCCCUAAUUUAAUUUUUUGAACCUUCGACAUCUUCACCUCAUAAAAAAUGCUUUUCGCCACGUUACAGUUUUCAACCGUGUUGAAUUGAGAAACAAGUUGCUCAUUUUCAAUAUAUAUGUGACUGCUAAUGUAUUUCUACUAACGAACCGUGAAACCCAAUUUUCAUACACCGAGUCUUCAUCAAACACUUAAAUGACCCUAGUGUUUUGUUUGAGGAAAAAGGAAAGAGUUUUUCCAAGCACUCGCCGUCGACGAAACGAUAAACGGCUGCGUGACCGCUUCGGCAACUUAUUUUCGAUACGAUUUGAACUGAAAAACAGACAAAAAGAGAGUUUAGUUCGGUGAACCAACUCUUUGUUCCGUUCCUUGAACUGGAGAUGAUGUUUUUGUCAGUUAUCACGUGGAAUCGUUCGGAGGAUUCUUUCUUUAACGACCUGAUCAAACUGUUUCGGUGUUCUGAUGUCAUUUGGGUGCGGGGUUUUACUGUUUCGGAGGACUUUGGCAAGUUUUGUAACUGAUUUGAAGCUUGGAAACUUUGGGGAAAGUCAGAAUUCAUCUUGAAGUUUGAAUAAAUCAAGAAACUUCAAAUUUUAGGUUUGCGUAAUGUGUCCUCUCGAUAAUUCGACAAGUAAGAAUUUGGCGUCAUAAAUCAAAAGCUUGGGGUCAAAGUAUACCAAUGAUAACCUCAUUUUUCCUGCGGAACUCUUAUGAGAAAAGAAAAACUAGGUGAACGGCGAUCAAGCUGCUGGAAUGUUUGCUCGAGGGCCCCAAUAGUUACUCGGAGAUGUUUUGUUAGCACCUCUAGGCGCCGUUCUGGGAACGGUCCCCACCGCGACGCCGUUGCUGACGCCAAAAUCAACAGAAAGAACGAACCGAGGCUCGAAAUAGCCUCGGAUAGCGUUUUGGCGACGUUUUUUUUUUAUGGAUGUGCGCUUCUCCUGCAAAAGUUGUCGGCUCCAAGAGAUUGUUUGCCGAGUGUGUUGCCAAGUGAACUGGUCCCUCUUAUUUGAUGAUCUUUGCGCUUUCCUCCUAGAUCAGAUUGAUUCCGGAAGCUGAUCAGUUCCUUGGAAAAAAAGGAGAAGGUUCUAGGGAAUGGUUUUUCAUUAGUCAACCAUAGAGCACUUUCUUUUUUUAGGUGGCUGAGUUCCAGAGGCAUUCUAUUCUUUUUUUGAAAUCAUAAACCUUGGAAGGUCAUUUCAAGAACGCAUAGGCUUGAGUUUGGUAGCUAUAAUAUGACUUUGAAACGUAAAAACACGUGGGAAAUGAUAAAGAAAAGUUUUCUUGCUUGAUAUCUCAGCUGUUAACGCUUAAAGGGGAAACUGCAAAUAAAACACUAAAUUUUAAGAAUUUUCAGCUCUCCUUUGUGUAAUGGGCGCCCCAUGGAUAACACCACUCAAGAGAUAACUUAAAUUUUAGAAAACUCUUUGAACUUUUUCCUACAAGUUUUCGGUUAAUUCGUAUUUCUCAAUUUCUCAAUAACUUCAUCAGAUCGUGAAACUCGUCAUUUUAGGAUGAACUUCCAAGUUGAAGAUUAUGUAGCGAUUGGGCAAACAUGAGACAUUAUUCGCCUGUUUUUGGGAGUUUUCUGUAUGUUUAUUUGUUGAAAUGCACGUGAUUAGAGUUGGUGAAACUGGUGCCGCAGCAUCGCUAUUUACUUUGAACGAGGUAAAAAGCCGUUUCGGACCAUCUGAACAGUGAUUCUCGGUAGUUGUUCUUUGGUCGGUAGCGUCAAGAGUUCGGAAGUUUAAGUUUGCAAGUCGAGAAGCUCAAGUCUUGGAUUCUCCCUUUGAUAGGUUCUUCUCGAUUUUAAAAACCCGGGAAAUUCGGUCUGAUUUGGCGACCGUGAGAACCCGUUUAUCUAGCACUCUUAAAAGUUUCGGAGAUAAAGAAACGCUUUGUGUGUAGUUUGACACUUCCUUCAAGUCGAAGACAUAACUUCCUCAUUUGAAACUGGUGGCUUGUACAAAGAGAAAGAAAAAAGAAUUUACAACAAGAAAAUUCUUGUGAUAACAUUAACAAUGUUUGCGUUGAUUGUUCCUGAUGAUUGUAAGGUUUUCUGGAUAUUGUUGGAAAGAAAAUUGUUCUAACCCAGUUCUCAACGUGUCGUAUCAUUUAACGUGAAUGAGAAAAGUUCACUUUUCUCACUUUUUUAUUUCCCUUUAGACCGGGGAAUGUUUAAACUUCCGCAUGACACUUUUAGGACCAGUUUGAGGCUUUUUAAUGGUAAAAAAUAGCCUGGAGAGUGCAGUGACUGGUAAAAAGUUUUCAAAUCGACAAAAAAUGAUUUUUUGGAAAGUUCAAGUAGAGUGGCCGUAAAAGAGGUUAGAAAAGUUACGGUAAAUUUUUUUAAAAUUAAUUAAAAAAUCAUCGGUCAAGAAAAAGAAAAAAAUUGUCUUUGAAUAUUUUUUUUUCGUACUGACUAAGUAGCUCUUCUUCAGCUUUUUUUGAGCUUGGAAUAGGAAAUUUCUGCAGAACAGGAGUCUCCUUUUAAUUGACAGAACAAGUCAAGAAAGUUUCUCUAUAAUGGACCUUGGUAGAACAGAAGUUCGAAGCCGUUACUAUUCUCGUCUUUCACGUGCUUGAAACAGUAUCAAAAGACGUCUCUGUGAUUGACGGAAGGUGUCCCUCGUGGCGGUCCAUUGUGCACCUUGGGACUGACGUCUUCGUGGCGGAGGCUUAUCUGGCGACGUCGUCUACGCGGCGCCGACGGCUGCCUUGUCUGUGUUGGUGUACGGGCGAGAAGAGGAACAAGAGACGACUAUUAUAAAUCAUUGGGUUGUCCCCGAUUUUUCGCCGAGGCACAUCUCCCUGUUUCUGCGCUUCUGAUCAUCUUCCUCGUUGUUAUGGCUCCAACAAUUUGUGGGCUCUUCGUUUCCAAGCAAAGACCGAGUUUUAUGAUUUUGGAAGGUUUUUUCGGGGUUGGCAAGGCAACAGUGAAGAGAUGAGGCUUGGAUCAAACGGAAGUUUGGACUCAAGAUUGGAAAAAAGCAUUGAAUUUGCAUGGUUGCUGGAAGUUGAGCCUGUCAGAGCUGAUUCUUGACUUAGAAGCCUAGGAUAAGAGGUUUUGUACUUGUGACCUACAGAGACAAUGUUCAAGGACUUCAUUCUUGAAAGAACGAGGAAAUUUAAAUCAGCGUACUUCUUUCCGUGGAGCAAAAGUGUCACUCAAACACGAAAAUUCAAUAUUCCUCAGACUUUAGGUUGAGAUAGAAGCUUUGAGAACGAUAGAUUAUUCAAAAAUAUUGCGGGAAUCUAUUUUUCAAUAAAAAACAUUCAAAGUGCAGCCAUUUGAUAUAGUGAAAUGUUUCUGAUCUUCUGAACUUUUUAGAAAUUAUUUGAAAAAAAAAUCCAGCUUCAUCACAUGAUGAUCCCCGAAAGUUAAUCACUUGAUAGGCCGGCGGUUUUUUGUUAUUGUAGAACGCGUGAAGCUUUUUCUCCCUCUCUGUUUUUUUUUUAUCUGCGAGUUGCGCGCAAUAAACUCGCUUUUACUAGGUGUCUUAUUGCGCAUCGCUAGUUGGUUCAGGGAGUCUUGUGCCUAGUGGGAAAUCCGGUUUUUCUGGCGGUUCGGAGGCCUCCGUCGCCUCCCAGAGAAACCAACAAAACAUGUCCGGUAAAAUGGAAUGCGGAUUUCUAGCCUUUGGACCGACGGUUGAGAUGAGAUCGCUCCUUCCGAAAACACGCAUAAAUCAAACGUACAAAAAAAAUUCUGUGAAGCCUGUGCGAAGUUUUCGCAAGCAAAACCUGUUUGCGUGUCUUUUUCGAGAAAUAUUUGGAUACUGUCGGGUCUCGUUCAUACUUCAAUCACUGUGAUUUGAAACUGUCUGGCUUGUCUGCGCUCUCUUUUCUCUCUUCGUCGCGGCCAUUGAAAGAAGAAUAGUAUUCAAAGACAAGAUCGUCGUUGAAAGAUCAAAAAGGAACGAUCUCUAAAGUGGUGGCGAACAGAGUAUAAUUUUGAAAACGUCUUUUUAUAUAGUUUUAAAAAAAAUUGAAAAAAGACAAAAAAAAUGCUUUGAUUUUCGAAGAAGCAUCGAGUGUGGGUAAAGUGUGUACCAAAGAAGAAAGAAGAAGUUCAGUUUUAACGUGGAGAAUUUUUUUUUCCACUCUCCUGUCUACGAUAAAGGUUCAAAGCUUGGAUCGGAUUCUGAUUCAGCUGAUUUAUUCGUGUCAGAAUCGCCGUCAUCUGACCGCUCAAUGGCGCCUGAAGACGUCAGCAGAUCAGUUUCGGACUUUCCCCCCUUUCCCGAUCAAACCCAUAAAUUCAGUACCGAAUUUAUCAUACGAUUUUUUCGGAUGCAUGACCUUCGCUUGACUGCCUUCUUUUGCUGUCGAAGGCUGUCAGCGGGCUGUCAAUAUUUCCUUGAAAGGUGGUAUUUUACGAUGUUUCGGCCUGUCAAAUGAGUCUGAAACGCUUUUACGAGCCUUUUUGACGGUUUUUGAUCGUGAAAAAUCUGCAGUACGGUAGGAAUUGAGAGAGUUCAGAAGAUCUUUCUUGUCUGAAAGAAAAUUUUCAACUUGAGCAGACUGAAGUAACUCAGAGAAUGGUCAAAUGACUCUUUCCAGAGCUUUUUUAAGCUUUCAUGUGAAAAACCUUCUCAAAGUAAAUUUUUUAUGUUCAUAGCAUACUUAAGAAAUUUACUUUAUAGUUAGAAUGUAUUUUGUGCUUCUCUCUGUAAGUGAAUUUUGCAUCAAAAACUUUCAAAAGACUUUUUCAUGGUAUUUCUUAAAACUUUUUGAGCCUCUUUUUACACUAUCGGCAACCUUCGAAGAAUUGAGUACUGUAACAGUUGAAAGCUUUCUCUGUCUGGAACCUCUACAGAGGAGAAAAAGCUUUUAAUGUCGAUCAUUUGAUGACCGUACUUUGCCCCGUUCUUGACGUCAGCCUCGUCAUUCAGUGCUGAGAAGCCACGUGAGAGCACGCGCGGCCCGAUUUUCAUCGUCAAACAAAAGAAAAACGGACACGAAAAUUGUUUGAUGACUUUGCCCGGAAGCUUUUGUGCAACGUAGGUACGGGCGAGUGUACCCAGUGAUCAGCUGAUAGAAAAGCAAAUGAUUUAUCAGUUGGCGAAGAGAAUUCGACCUACACGUUUGCAGCAAACAGCUGGCUACGUUUUAGCAGGAAAUUCAGCAGUCAAGAAGUGAUUCAUGAAGGUGUAGUGUGUUAUGUUGUAGUUCUUUCAUCGUAGGCUUGAGAAUGAGAAUCUUUAAACGUUCAUAAACAGUUUGUGUAAGAAGUACAGAAGAAGCUUUCUUUGUGUCUUUCUUGGCAUGGUGACGGUGGAUGUUUCAAAUGUGGGCUUGAGAAUUUUCAAACUCUUCCUGAGGGAUGCUGGAAUCAUCUUCUGCGGUUGUAAAAUUAAAUAAUCUUUAAAAAAUACGAAAUCGUUCCACAGUUGAGCCAUUCCCAUUGCGACCUUAGGUUAACGCAAAAGAAGCCAAAAUAAGUGUGCCAACUCAAAUUCCUCAAUUUUGUGACAACUUAUAGUUUAAUUUUUUUGAAAGGAGUUCAUAACUUCAAUUUUUUGUUUGUAUAUUGCUCAUUUUUUUGAAAAACUGCCAAGUUUUCUGCGAAAACUUUGUCUUCGACCACUUCUGCAAGCAAAUUUCUCAAACUCCGAUUUUAUCAAUUCGAUACUUUAAUACUGGUUUAACGCCACAACUCGAAACAAUCUGGCCUGUCUGCGCUCUCUUUUCUCUCAUGAUAUAAGAGGGCCCAGAGAAGGCAGACUGUUUCAAGUCACAGAAACUGGAUUUUAAGCCUUUUCUGUUUUCCUCGCGAUCAGCUGAUGACAAAGAGCACAUCACGUUCUGCUGCGCUUGCAGAACCUCUCGUAUUUUUUUCUGACUUUUAUUUUCUGGUUUGUUGCAACACAAUGUGUGUGCGUGUGUGGGUGAAUGUGUUCUAACAAUGGCCCGUGGGCGUUUUAGGGCUUUUUCAGGGCAAAGAUCGCCUUUUCCUGGUGAAAGUUGUGGUUGAUCGGAUCGUUGAGCUGCGUGAUUUUCUCGCAGACUUUUUUAUCUGAUAAAGGACAAAUUUUGAGUUGAAAAGAAGAGAAAAAAAAAUGUUGCAAGAGCGCAAGAGGAAAUAGCAACGGUGAAGUUUUACGAUUGGAGAAAAAUCUCGUUUCGAUGACCGGUCAAGGCUUCAACGGAAAAUUAAUUGUGAACUUCAUAAAUCAUGAGUUUCAUCCCAACAAGAACAUUUAAAAUUCAACUUUCCUUAUUUCUCUCCUUUUCUCAAGUUUUUGCGUACUUCCUAAGAACUUCACAGUUUUCGUGUGAGGACCUUGGUAAAAAUAGCCUACAUGAGCCUUUAAAGAAUUCCCAGCUUUAAAAGAAAAUGACAUUGGAUUUUUUGAACAUUUUUCUCAAACAUCGUCCGUGGACAAAGUCCUGUCCCUCAACUGCACUCCGGGGGGAAUGUUUUGAUUGAGUUGAGAGUUGUGAUAGGAAACGAGUUGAGUCACUGCAACCCGACACGCAUUUUAACCGUAUUUAUUUAUUUCGUCGACCUUCGUCAUCUUUUUAAACAUGCUCUGCCCACACAUACAAACACAUGUGUUGGAACGGUGCCCAGUCAUGCUCGUCCCAAGUUUUUUUCUCCUUUCGGUGGUACUUGUGUCCACAAAACGAUGGAAAUACUCACGACUAACAUACACUUACACAAAGAAGAACACGUGUGACUCACACUGUAAAAGUGGAGAAAAAACCACUAAAAACGUUCGUUUUUGCAAAAGUCUCGUGCAAAAAUGAGAUUGUGCAACGUUUCGAAAAAGUUGGAAAUCAUUUUGAAAUAUGUUUUUCUGGGAUUUUAAAUAGAACUUGGAAGGUGUGAUCCUGGGAGUAUUAAGUUUCAUAAAGAUGUUUUCAGCUUUAUGCUCUGCAAAAGCUAUUGAAAUUGUUAAGUUGUUUUUUAAAAUAAUUUCAAAGCUUUUUUCAAAAUUUCUGCAGAAGUACACAUCGUAUGAAAUUGGAGAACAAAGGAGAAAAAUAAAAAUUGAAGUGGAAACUCAGCUGCAAAUUUGCUCCGGGGACAUUUUUUUCGAAAAAGACCGCGUUUUCCGAAUUCUUAGUUUUGGCUUGAAAAAUAGUCUUCGAAAGAUUUUUUUAAAUUUAAAUCAGGAGAGUCUUCUGCAAAAUAUUUUUUUAAAUUUCGAAGGCUAGAGUCAUUCUGGCAAAGGUCCAUACGAAACAGUUGAGUAGAGAAUUCACGAAAUAUUUUGAAAAAAAUUUUUUCCUCAUAAGAUUGAACUUAUUUUUAAAAGUAUAUGACUAAAAUUUUUUUUUGAACUGGUUGAAUCGAGUUUGCAUCUCAGUUUUUUUGGAUUUCACAGAAGGAAAAUUUUUGCGUCCGCAACACCACAAGCACGUAUUUCUCAUUCUGAGGUUCAUCAUUUUCAGAAUUUACUUCGAGAAUUUUUCUAUAACCUGGACUAAAUCCCUCAUAACAGAAUACUAUUGCUCGAAUCAUGGCUUCAUCAAAUGAUCGGGUUUUUCGGUACGUUGCGCAAUAUUUCGACACUCGCGCAGAUUGUUUUGAUUCACCUUCCCGCGAGUUGUUGUUGAUCCUUCUACCGUAGCCCGAGGCGCCUUCUCGGAGCCGCCGCGCCCAGGAUUCGGGUACCUCGACGGCGCCAACUCGGUGUAAAAACGACGCCUGUUAACAUUGUCAUCUUUAUUUGGAAACUGAUGUCAUUUCCGAUGAUGUGCUGGCGCCGUUUUCCGUCGAGAGUUUGGUCUUUAGAGCAGGUGAUGAGCAACGCGCUGACUUUUUCCUUCCUGUUUGUUUUUUGAACAUAAUCGCCGUUGGUCCUGAAGUGUGAUGUGUGGAGGAGUUUGACCUGGUGAAUAGGUUGUCAGGAUUAUUGGAUUUAGAACAUUUGAGAUUGUAAUUGUGCUGUUUAAGAAGCUCGACAUACUGGUUUCAGACCGUUUAGAGGCUCUUUAGUUGUAUACUUUUCAACUUAUCAAACGGCUGCGAGAAGUAGUUCAAAUUUGAGGAUUUAUUUGAAAAACAUUAUUCUUGCUACAGAAGUUUUUGAAUUGAGCUUUUAUCAUUAUUUGGAGAAAGUUUUAAGAAGGACUUUGCAACUUUCGAUUAUCAUCCCUGUUGAUAUCAUUCCCGGUCUUUUUUGCUGCAUCGUAGCGUUGUUGGAUCGUCGGUCUUUAUCAGAGAGUUAUCAAAGCCUCUUUUUCACCAGGCUGGCGCCAGUUUCUCACGCUCGUCAGCUGAUAACAGUGUGUGUCGGACACGCUCACGCACAACCACACAGUCGCCGAGUACACAAAAACCCGGCGGAAUCCUUGACUUUUGAUGGCGAUAAACGGCAGCCAUUUCAAUGAAACGGCAGUUGUCACUGAUAAGAAACCGAUUGCAGCACUUCUCGUAAUGUGUGUGAUAACAUGGGUUGUUUGGUUCCCAAGGCUUUCGUCGCCUUUUUACUGUACCGGAUGUCGGAGAACUUUGGUUGAGGUUUUUGGUCGCGCUUUGGUUAGAGUUUAAUAGGAAUAAUGAAAUUUAAUCGUUGGGAAAAAUGGUGAAUGAAUAGUGGCUAGAAGAUCUUGAGAGGAUUCUUUUUGUUAGGACACAAACGAAAAGUUCCGGGUGAAAUUUGAGAAUAUCAGGACUAAUGAGGAAGAAAGUACUCUUUGCUCAUUCUCCGCCUAAAGUAUUUAUUGAAAUUUUCAAAUUUAUUUUUCAAAAUUAUUUUAUAAAAUGAGAAAAGGAAAAUUCGGAGUAGCAGUCAUUCUUCACACAAUUGUUUGUUGCAAUGAUUUUUUUGGUUGUGAUCAUUGUUUACCGUAAAAGCGGAACAAGAAAAUCGGUAAUUUUCUUCCUUUGACAGCGCGGUAGAUGGUCGCAGACUGAGAGGCUUAAGGACGAGAAAUUCUUGAAUUAAUUCGAAUUAGGCUUCUUCCUGUGUGAAAAGCAACGGGGAAACGGAAGGAAUUUAGUGUCAUAGUUUUUGAAAAACCCGGUGUAUUAUGAUUUCUGAAAAAAAUUGAAAUUUGCGAGGACAAGGCCGCGAGGAGAAUGGCUCAAAGCGUAGCGGUUGCGAAGCGUGCGGAAUCUUUCCGCUCUAUUUUUAUUUAUCAGAGAAUAAGCCAAUCUGGGUCGGUCGCAACGGUUUCGCGAUUGCGAUACGUUCACAAAUUGUUCAAGUUAUUUUCAAAUCAUUUUCACGGAGUAUUUUUCAAAAAAUUUCAAAGAACUCCCCUUUUCAAUCUCCACACAGCAACAUCGCUUUUGUCAUUUUAAAACGAGGAUUUUGUUGACCCAACCUUGGGAAAGAGCCUAUUUGUUGUGAAGCUGGGAUAGACACUCGUUUAUCGAUAUCCAGACAGCAUUCCAUUCAAUUUAUUGAACAAAUAGUGUUUUCUGUUUGGUUUCUGCUGUAGUAGAGUGUAUUCGAGCGGGAAACAAAAUGUGUUUUGUCGGGUUUUGAACAAAAGAAUGGCGAGAUUUCUGAUCGGAUGUUUUGGAAUCGGCGCUUUUUUCGCGAUUCUUUUUGGGCUCUUUUAUUUAGCCACGUGUUAUUAUAGUGUUGCAGAAAUCAUUUUGGCAGAAGGUCAAAUGAUCAGAAGUUAGAAGGAGAGUUACUCUCUUUAGUUUUCAGAAAGUUAGAAAAGAAUUGUGGAAUAAACUGGAGAAAUUGCCGAAGAGUGCUCCAAGGAAAACGGUGAAUUUCGGUUUUUUUUUCUAAUAAUAAACGAUUAGCGUUCCUGAUGAGUAUAUAAAAUUGUUCGUGGGAGAAAAUCUCCAAAAUAAAGAGCAAUGUUAAAAAUUGUCCAUGGAGCGCAAUUACAUGUGAAUUUCUAGAUAUGCUUUUUUUUGGGCAUUGUUUAGUUUCUGGUUCUCGAGAUCCGAAAAUUUUCUUCCGGAAGAACUUCUCAUUUCUGAUGAAGAAAUUGAACGAUCUGAUAGGGCAAUGCAAGAUUUGAAAGUCUGUGCAAUGCUUGAAAAUCGUCCAUGGAGCGCAAUUUCACGAGGAUUUUAAUCCAAAUCUGAAUUUUCCUGAAUUUGUCCUAUUUUUUGGAGUCUCGUCCUUGCCGGGCUUUUUUCUCUCCUUCAGCUCGGAAAGACUGGGAUCUGGAAUGUUGGCUUCCGAUCUCACUACGAUAUACGAACGAGCACGUGCGGCCCUUCAAGUUUAUUGCGUGGUGGUCGGCGAAUAGCGAACGUGUUCUUGUGCCUCCUUAAUCGAAAGGAAAGAGAUUUGCCGAGUUGAGGCAACCGAUACGGCGAUGUGGAAUUCGCCAUGACUCAUCCUGAAGGCGUUCGCAUUCCUAAAUUUUUUUUUUCCCUUUCUUCCUCGGUCGGCCUCGUCCUUCAACGUCUUCUUCCCCCUUUUGUGUUUAUUUCGCCUUCGGUUUUUGGUUGGCUUCUCGUCCACGUGAGGAUGGUCAGGAGGGACACUUUGAGCAACACUUUUCGAGGAUAAAUGAGCAAGAUGUUUGUCCUGUGCGGUAGGUCUGAGAAGCGGAAACUAGUCAUCAAAAAUGUGUAGUGUGCUCAGAAAGGAUAAGUAGAUUCGCCAGAGAAAUCUUGAAAAACUAGAAGGAUUUCGACUAGAGACGAGCUGGAAGCUGUUGUUAUAGUAUGGUAAAGUGAAAAACGACACGUCGUUAAUAGCGUUCUGGAGAACACUUGAACCUGAAGGUUUCAUGAAAAAUUCAGCUCGACAGUAAGAUUAUUAAGAUCCUGUUAUAUCUAUGAAGUUUGCUGGUUCCGAUACGGAGAGUUCUUUUCUUUUUUCGACCUUCGAUCCUCACAACUUCUCGAAAACUGGGUCUGUAUCCUUGAGAAGCAAAAAAAGACACUGGAAUGCUGAAAAUGCGGCCAGGAUGCUUAUAAGGAACGAUUUGCGGCGGCGGAAAAAAAAAAAUGGAGGUUGAGUCAUCUUUGAGGAGCGACCGGUAUCGCCUGGUACCGGCCGAUUUGGUUGGCUGGAAGCUUGGUCAUGGGUAUUUUGAGUCAUAUUCGUAGUCGUUCAUUUGGAGACGUUGAAAAACCACAAAAGUUGUAUCCGCAGUCUUGUUUUUUCGGAGAGAUUUGGAGCUAGCUUGUUUUGAUCGAAAAAGAUGUUUCCUCCUUUUCGGUUCUUCUUGGCAACUGCUUAUCCGGUAGUGGAAAAGCGGCGAUCUUUGUCCACGGCGUAGGAAAUGGCGAACUCUCGGCCGCUUGCUCAGCGGAAGUGUUCAUGUGUUUUGCUCGCCGAGAAUCUUCCAAAUCAGGAAAAUACAAGUUUUUUCCAGUUUUGAUUAAUUCAAGAGGCCAGAAAUGAGAGGAAAAUGAUGAAUUUGGGGAAUUUUUUAAAUCUGAGUUUGAAUAUUGCCUCAAGUUAUUUUUUCUUAAAGAAGUUUUUUUUACUGUUUUUAUACAUGUAUCUUUUUCUGCAAAAAUAUUUGUUUAUAUAAAGAAAUAUUCGAAAAAAAAUCAUUCGAAAAGAAAGUGUGCUCUGUGGAACAGUUUCAACCAAAAGUUUUCAGUUAAAGAUAUUUUGUUUUCGGAUUUCUAUUCGGUUUUAAAUCUUCUGAUGAAACUUGGAUGUCAAGGUGAAGAGAUGAAGCUAUAAACUUCCGUUUUCUUGAAGUUCUAAGAUUUUCAUUUGGCCGGGCUCCUUCUUGUUCAAAGAUUUGUGUUUUUCGCUCUUCACGCGGAUGUUGUCCAAGUGGACGAUUCCGUUUUCAUUUAGUAAUAACGGCCGUAUUUUCGAGGAUUCUGCCCUGAGGGCUCAGUUGGAAAAAAAGGUGUCAUCUUUAUUCUUGUUAUCCGCUUCAGGCCACGGAAGCCGAUGACAAUACAAGGGUAUUUAUCUCAAUGAGUUUUGUGUUUUUCACCUCCCGUAUUUUUCGAGGGACAAAUAUUCAGAUGCGAAUUUUUUUUCCUUCAUUUUCUCGUGCAAAACAAUGAUGGGUUCAUUAGUUAGCGAGUAAACAAGGAUCUUUAAUUCUGUCUCAAAUGCCGUGUAGCGUGAAGAAAUCGAAGUCUGGUGAUGAUCUCGCAUGUGAUGAGGCUUUUUUCACAUAGUGGAGAGAAAUUAAAGUACUGGUAAUCAUUUUUGGGAAAUAGAGGAGCAGAUUCUUUUUUUUCGGGUGUUUUUCCUUCGUGAUCCUCGAUCCUCAUGAUGAACAUCGAGCCUCUGAACGGAAGGAAAAAAAGCGUUCGCCGAGCAUUACAAGUCACACACUCACUCCCAAACAUUCGAGAGCUCUAUUUGGCAAGUGCACGUGCCUUCGGUGUAGGCCGAACACAUGUUGCGCAUUAGGUUCCGAAAAACAAAUGAAUAACACUGAAAUUGAGCCUUUGCAAAAAAAAAAAUGGAAUCGAAAAGGCAAAACAAAAGUGCCCUUUAGGAAAAAGCGAAAUUUCUGAAAAGGUUUGAAGAGAGAUUUUGAACACAAUUUUCCCUUCAAAUCUUUCUUUCAUAUAAACAAUAUUAAUUGGAAGGAUGAGCGUGAAGUCAAAAAAUUCAGUCUAAAAAAAUUGUCCGUAGAGCGCAAAUGGCAGAAGUUUGCAUUUUAAUCAAGUUCUCUUUUUUUGGUCGUUCAUUUUCAUUUUCAAACGAAGAAAGUACCAUGGAAGGAAAGUUUGACAGUUCCAAUUUUUAUUCUUCUUUUUCUCUCCUGCCUCAUAAAAUUUCUGAAAACAAGGGAAAAGACUCUACAGCGACCACUUGGUCUUACUGUGGUCGGUCACGCUUUUCUUGCUGUUUUUAGGCCGUUGAUUGGGGCGAAUGUGUGUGUGGAUGCAAGACGAGUUGAGUAGUUUUGAGUGUUUUUGAGGAACAAGGUAUUUUAAAUGACGAAUAUUUGAAUGGAACGGGUUUUGGGGAAUUUUUCGGGUUUAUUUUGAAGAGAAAGGUAUUUUAGUCUUCCUUUAGUCGAAGCUGUUGCAACUUGGAAAGCUCGUUACUUUUCCCUGAGGGCAAAAAGAGGUAAUUGGAACGAAGUCAGCCAUUUUUUGCACUUUUGCGGACCCAAUUAAGCAGCGACGAACACAUGUUUCUUUUUCACACUUGGGCCGAAGUGGACAGGCGAAUCUGGCCUUCUUCUUUUCUUUUGCUUUUUUUUUCUUUCCCGUCUUUUCCUUUUUCAAGUGGUCCGGAGAUCGAAAUGUUGCGUUUCUAGUCGAGUGUUCCCUUUUGAAAAGGCUAGGCUUGCCCUUUUAAGGAGCGUCCUUUUCGAAAUGAAAGGAAGCAGAAGUGAUUUUAGACAUAAAUCUGACGGUUAUUGAGUAAAAAACUACAUAUCACAAGAUCUUUUUGGAUGGUUGCACCUAUUGAGUUGUAAAUUAGAGAGAAAUUAGAAUUUGUAGAGCAAAAAUUAAUCAAAGCUAUCCGAGAUUACGCAACAAAGAAUAUUUAGUCAGCGAUAAUUGAGCUUGUGCGCUCCAACGAUAAAAUCCCUCUCAGCCGCUUUUGAAUAGACUAUUUAUCGGUCGGUCCCAUUCUUUUGACGUGUAGUAGACGGGAUCAGAAAAUCCUCAAAAAGGAUCUCUUCUCCCCCGGUUUUUCGCAGCGGAUAUGUCGCGUAAUCCUAAUUGUUUUGGAGCUCCGGAACGUCUCCCAUUUGUUCUCCUUCCUUGGAUACUACUACUACUCCGCGAUUCGUUCGUCCAUUGUUUUCGGGGUCGAAAGGAAAAAUUGGAAGAAGUUCUCUGGAGAAUUCGAUGCAUUUGAAUUAGAACGUGUUGUAGUUUUGCGAAUAGUAUAUUGGUUGUUUUUUCGGGACGCUUCUCCUAACGAGGAACGCAUCUGGCUGUAGAGCCUUCAACUCAUUGUUUUACAUCCGUGUCUAUUUUUGAACCAAAAAAGGAAGCUUUUUUUUUGCAAUAUUUUGCAGAUUUGUAGAGAAGAGGAUAUAAGACGAGAGAAGAAAACUCUAUUAUCGGUUGAAAAAAGGCUAGAAAAUUCCUAAUAGAAAGUCCAAGUAAUAAUAAUAAGACUUAGUUAUCAAAUUAACAAACAGUUAUUUUCAGAGCGCAGAAGCUCAAUUUUUGGCAGCUAUUUUUUCGUCUUGUAAAUUAAAUUUUGAGAUUACGCAGUGAACUUCGAUGAAGAAUUUAUUGUCUUGUUAUCAAGUUUUCGAACUUGAUUUCAUCUUGAUUUUGCCUCCAUUGAGCUAUAAAUUUCUUAUUAAGUUAUAUUUUGAAAAAAUUUCGGUCCUCAUCUUCGGAGAAAAAUUUUUGUAUCUGUUAUUUCGAAAACUUCAACUUUAAAAUCUCCUACUUGAAAGGGGGAGCUCGUGAAAAGUCCCAAGUCAGGUCUCGAUGCGAAACAAGUGUUUGCGCGCAAUCAUGCGCCGGAUUAGGACUGAGAUCCGCUUGGUUGGUCCAUAUUGCAUAAUCGUAUGCAAAUAAAAACAUGAGUUUGGUUCAGAGUCACUCAACACCUUCAGGUCGGCGUAUGACGCAACGAUUUGUGCGUUGGGUUAUUUUUGGUUGUUUUGGUGGUUUUUACCUCGACCUGUGGAGUUGGGUGUCUCGAAACUUCUGAGCUUACCACUAUAUCCAUGAAUUUGAACUGAAGAUCUUAUCUUCUUAUCAUUUUAUACUUCAUUCGAAAUUAAAAAUAAAAUCCCUUGGUCCGAUCUCUCGUCUUGAAAACUUUUUUUCUGCGUUCCAUUGUUUUAUUCUCAAUUUUUCAGCUCGUCUUCAACCGUACGGUGCUUCUGAAGGAGGACGCCGGCAAGAACUGA